GAGAGAGAGAGAGAGAGAGAGAGAGAGAGAGAGAGAGAGAGAGAGAGAGAGAGAGAGGUGGCAGUGGGACUCUGCUGCUUCUGAUGUACGACAAGGUGACCAUGAUCAACCUGCAGGACGGAUCCAACUGGACUGGACCCAACCACUGGUACCAGGACCCAUCAGCGCUUCGUCCCCACCACGGCCCAGCCUCGGACGGCUGCCUGCUGGACGAGGACAGCGGGCCGCCCAGCGAGAGAGGGCCGGGGAGAGGAGGGGAGAAGGAGGAGAGAGGAGGCUCCCCGCUCCGGCUGCAGCUGAAGAGGAAGCUGCAGAGGAACAGAACCAGCUUCACCCAGGAGCAGAUAGAGGCUCUGGAGAAAGAGUUCGAGAGGACCCACUACCCCGAUGUCUUCGCCAGGGAGCGGCUGGCCAACAAGAUCGACCUCCCAGAGGCGAGGAUACAGGUGUGGUUCUCCAACCGCAGAGCCAAGUGGAGGCGGGAGGAAAAGCUCCGCAGUCAGAAGAGGGCAGGUAGCAUCACAUCCUGUUCUCAGAGCCAAGCCCCUCUGACCACUUCCUUCAACACGCCCGUUUACCACCAGCAGCACACAAACAACACAGGGCCCAUGUUGAGUCAGGCUGACUCAUCUCUGUCCAGUUACUCUUCUUUGUCUGUUUUCUCCUCUGCAGUUCAGUCCCUUCCCUCCCCAGCCGUCUCCUCCUAUUCCUGCAUGCUCCCCUCUCCCCCCCGCUCCUUCGACUCCCUCUACACCUCCUCCCACAUGCAGCCGUCCUCAGCCAACACCAAUACAGGGCUUAUAUCCCCGGGGGUCUCGGUACCGGUGCAGGUCCCGGGUUCGGACCCCCAGGGUCUGGGUCAGGAUCUGGGUCAGUACUGGGCUCGGCUGCAGUGAGUCUCCUGAGCCACACAGGGGCGAGGUUAUGCACGUGUGGACGUGUGGACGUGUGGACGUGCAGGGCUCAUGGGCACGAGAAUGAGGAAGCGAGGAAUCGAGCUACAGUUCACAGAUCCACAUUCAAAGUUUACAUGUAGGGAGAGGUCUGGUUCACCCUUAUCGACCCUGGCCAGGUCCAUACCCUGGUCAUUACCCUGGUCCAUACCCUGGUCAUUACCCUGGUCCAUACCCGGGUCAUUACCCUGGUCAUUACCCUGCUCAUUACCCUGGUCCAUACCCUGGUCCGUACCCUGGUCCACACCCUACUCAUUACCCUGGUCAUUAUCCUGGUCCAUUCCCUAGUCCAUACCCAGGUCAUUACCCUGGUCCAUACCCUGGUCAUUAACCAGGUCCAUAGCCUGGUCAUUACCCUGGUCUAUACCCUGCUCAUUGCCCUUCUCUUUACCCUGAUCAUUACCUUGGUCAUUACCCUGCUCAUUAUCCUGGUCCAUACCCUGCUCAUUACCUUUGUCAUUACCCUGGUGAUUACCCUGGUGAUUACCCUGGUCCAUACCCUGGUCAUUACCCUGGUCAUUGACCUGGUCCAUACCCUGGGCCAUACCCUGGUCAUCAUUACCUUGCUCAUUACCCUGCUCCAUACCCUGCUCAUUACCCUGGUCAUUAUCCUGGUCAUUACCCUGGUCAUAACCCUGGUCAUUACCCUGGUCCAUACCCUGCUCAUUACCCUGCUCAUUACCCUGGUCCAUACCCUGGUCCAUACCCUGGUCAUUACCCUGGUCCAUACCCUGCUUAUUAGCCGAGGCAAUAGGAGGGUUUCAGUCAAGUGAUAAGGAGUUCCUUAAAGAGGUUCAGCCAUUUUGGUUCUUCUUUUCAGUUCCAGAAGGAAGGAACCAGUUGUUAUGAUUCUUAUGAUAAUGGUAGGAAAGCUCAACGAUGGCAGCUAUAAUGUGUUUGUCAAGGUAUGAAACCCUCCUAUAGCCCAUUACCUCAUCACUGUCUCCACCCUUAUUACCCUGGGGAUUACCCUGGGGAUACCCUGUUCCUUUCCUGGGGCAAUUACCUUUACCUUUACCUGGAUAUUAGCCUGGUCUCCAUCCUGGUCAAGCAAGCAUUACCGAGGUCACUAACAUCGUCAUUUUACUGCUGUUUACCCAGCAUGCAUCCCUGUUCUGAACCGUGGCCCCGGUUUGCCGUCCAAAAAAUUGAAAUCAACAGAAGACCCACAACGAAGACGCCUAGAGAAUAAGCUCUCAGCCCGGUGUUGGGCGUGGACCCCAUGACCAGAGUGCUAAAAUAGACCAUGCAUAUAAAACAUGGCCCUUUGUGCUUUUUAAAGAGCGACGGGGAAUUUGGUAAACAACUCUUGGUUUUAAAGGAUUUUACGAGACAAGGAAAAACCGAUAAGCGAACGGCCCUCCAAUCCCAUAAUUCAGCAUUGUCUGAGAUUAAUCAGCAUCGACAUACUGUAUACCCUAAUGAUCUGCUGACCAAUCACUGUUAGCGUGUGAAUAUCUGUGUGAGAAUGUGGUUUGAACAAGGUUUGAAUCCGCGCCCACAACACUGCCGGCGAGUUCCCGGAGAAAGACUGUAGCUCCACCAAACUGUGAACAUUUCAGAAAUUCUAGAGACAAUCACCGUCUGGACAGACACAGAAAAAGUGCAUAUUUUUGUAUAGAGAUUAAUGUAUGGUGGUGAUGAAGGUAACUCAAUAUUGGUCGUUAUCGUAGAGAACACUGCAGCUCAGUGAGGAAAUUGAUCAUUUGAGUGAGGAAGGCAGGAAGUACAUAUCCAUUAGCCAAUGACAAUCAAGCACAAUAUCUUCUUAUAUCCAAUAAAUGUGAACACUGUGAAAAAACGGAAUGCCACCAAUUGUGAACCUGUUUCAACCUGUUUAAACAUGUUUUAGCCAGCGCCACGCGACCAAAUAAAACACUACAGGAUUGGAGACCAAGACAAGGUUAUGAGGAGAUGAACGUUUGUAUUCCGGUGUUAUUGUGGUUCACCCCUCUGCCCCCUGCGUCAUGUGAUCGGUUCUCUAGGAUCUCCCUCUCCUGUCUGACGACAUGUGAUUAUUUAUGUUUUUUACAUGGCUGUACGUGUGCGUUCUGCUACUAUUAUUCUGCCUUCUAACGUGUUACUUAACUUUGUGUGCUGGGUCAGUUCCGACAGUAAACCUGUCGAUGACGAACUGAGACCCCUUUAAUGACAAUAAAGAUGUGUGGAAGGACCAAAUAUAUCUUUAUCUACAUAUUAUUUUUUUUAUAUCUAUAUAUCCUCCCACCAUGUUUUAGACAGCUGGACCAUGACAGUUACGGUUGGGUUUAGAGUUAAGGUUAAUGCGAUUGCUGAGGUAAGUGUCCUAGCUAGGGUUAAAAGCAUGAGGUAAGCUAAGGCUUCGCCAGGAGCUAAGUGUGAGGUCUAAGGUAAGGAUUAGGGUUUGGGUUGUUUGAAAAUAAAGCCCAGCCAUUAAGGGCUGUGUUUAAUACCCUCCCUGUCUUAACCCUGAAAGUCCUGUGAGGUAAGAGGAAGGGCCGGGCUCGGGUCAGAGGUUUGGAUUGGCGUUUGGAUAAGGUCAAGUGUUACAGCAGGGUUGCCAACUUUCAGGCUUCUGGCGUGGGUCACACACACUAUCACCUUCAGCCUCAAACUCAUGCUGCCCAAACCAGUCACACGUUUACCUGGGAGACAGUAGUCAGGCUAUGUCAGUAAACUGGCCGUUUUCUUGUUUUUGGAAAACUGAAAAUCUGACCCUUUACCUUUUGGAUUUUGGCGGGAAUCUGACCAUACUAUAGUACCCCGACCCAGACAGACACACAGAGACUCCUGAUUAGGGCUGGAAAUGUUUUGAACAGAGCCAGAGCCUGCGGCAUGGGGAACAAUUAAUCAAUAAUAAAGCAAAUCACAAAUAGUUCUGAUUAUAUUUGCAAGCUACAUCAGGAUUAUGCAUUGCUGCCCAUAAAGCUCCGGCUCCCUAGCAGAGCCCCCAAACUCUCUGCUGGGGGGAACAAGUUCUCUGCUGGGAAUCAGUUCUCCUCUAAUGUGCUGGAUCUGCUUCAGUUCUCAGGGGAGGAGGAGGAGGAGGAGGAGGAGGAGAGGCUGGAAAUAUGACACGUAUUAUGUUUUUCUUGAGAGGAAGAGGAAGUGGCUCUUGCGUAUGGUUGUCAGAAGUGUUGCACCACAGUUAACUGGAAAAAUGACUGAUAACUAGUUACUCCUCAAAAUAGUAACUUAGUUACUUUACUGAUUACUUGAUUUUAAAGUUAACUAAGUUCGAUUACAAGAUACUUUAUC